GUGUGACCGACCCAGAGCCGCCCGCGGCCGGGUACCCCUGCCCUCCCUCCUCCUCGCCCGCUGGGCUGUGGAACUAGCGAUUGUCUCUUUGCCAGCUUCGGCGUACCGUCUGUGUCCCCACUCGUGCCUGCGUGGGGCGCGACUCGUGGCCCCUCAGCCGAGCUCCCUUCCUCGGGCUGGGCUGACCGGCCUGGGUGUGCGCUUUUUCCUGCCUGGCCAAGGCCUGAAGCCGUGGUUCAGUAACGGCUGAACGUCAGCGGCCUCGGUGGGCUUGGCGUUUCUGCCCAUUUUACCUCGCGCUCCGGCUCUCCCGCCCCUCAAGAUUCCCUUGGCUCUUAGGGAAGCCAGCCAGUCAGUUAACCGUGGAGGUCCAGCCGCGCCAAAGGGAGCCCGGCCUGUGGGGACCGAACGGUGCUCGGUCACCCCCAGCAGCAGUGGGACCAAAAAAAAAUCAAGACAUGUGCCCCUUUUCCCAUGUAAAACAAGGAGACUUGGACCACAUUCACUAAGAUCCCUUUUAUCCCUCACGUCAUGUGAGCCGGCAGUUGCCUUCAACUUCAAGGAAGAGCUCCCGGUGCAGUAGAAAACUGGCCGGAGUCAGCAGGCCUGGGGUCUAGCCAUGGCUCGCUGGUGACGUUAGAAAUCUCUCGGCUGAAUUGACGUUUAUUUCAAGAUUACAGGAUUGAAUUAGGAGAUCUUUUAUGGUCUUUUUUAGCUCAAUAAAUAACGUUUCUCUGAGCCUGUUUCCCCGCAUUUAAAACCAGAGGGUUCAAUUUGAUGACUCUUGCAGGUGUUUUGAAUACUUAGUCUAUUACUUCCAAAGAAUUUGAAGUGGUCUCUGAGUGUAUUUAAGACAGCAUUAUGCUUUUGAGACAGUUUAGUAUUGCUGUUUUUCAAAGAAUCUAAGGGUGGGGAAUGAACCCAGGGAGAAGUGGAAGUGAGCAUUUGUUAGUAGAAAUGGGGAUUGUAAAACAGGUUGGAGAAGGAAAAGAGCUGAGGGAAAGGUGGUGAAGGAGGUGUUUCCAGAUAGGGUUGGUUCUCAUAAACAGACUUUUAUGUAUCCCAAGAACAGCUGGGGAUAUGUCUGAAUGAAUUUAGUCAUAAUUUUUUCCCAGCAAGAUUUUGUGUUCUGUCUUUGUGACCAUUGUUUCACACGCUGAGAUUCUUUACCCCAUUUAGAUUUGAUUGUAAGUGGCAGCCACAUUUCUUCACGUGGUCAGAAAUUUUAACAUUAUGAUCAACUUUUUUUCUGUUUCAAAUCUGUCACUGUCAGGGCAGCUCACUGAGAGUAAGGCAGAAAUUUUAACUUGAAAAUAAACUAUGUAUGUUAACCACUUUCCAGUGAAAAUUGUGGAUUUAAAAUCAAGCUGUGGAUUUGUUUUAAAUCCGUCUGAGAUUGGAUGCCUAUGUCAUCAAGAAGAAAUAUCUAGGCUAAUGAUUUUAUAAAAGUGCCUGGGAAGAAGAUAAGCACAAUGUCUGGAAUGACCAGUAGGCAGAGGCAUUGGCUUUAAAUAAUUUCUAAACAAAUUCUGGAACCUUACGUAAACCUUAAGUUAUCUAGUUUUAAAAAAAUUCAGUGAAUGAAUACUACUCUUUUUGAGUGGCGAGAGCCUUUGUAUUUAUUCUCUGUAUAGAUUCUAUGUAUUCUCAUAAGUUUCAUUGCCAAACUAGUAUUUUAGGCUCUUUUAUAAGAACUGUCUUGGUCAUGGAAUUGCAGCAGUCUUUUGAGUACUAACUUGGAAGGCUCUUGGAUGGUAAACUGACAAAUUUCCAUCUGAUUAAAAUGCCUCUUUCUUAGGUUUUAUACUCCGCUGGAAAGUAAAAUGGCUACCCGUGAGCAUCAAGGUUACUGAUUUUCCAUGAUGUUUGGUGGUUAUGAGACUGUAGAAGCAUAUGAAGAUGAUCUUUAUCGUGAAGAAUCAUCUAGUGAAAGUGUCGAUAGCGAGGUGGAAUUUCAACUCUACAGCCAAGUUCAUUAUGCCCAAGAUCUUGGUAAUGUUGGAGAGGAAGAACAUGAAGCAAAAGAACCUGGGAAUUCUGAAUCACCAAGUGGUAAAACAAAUCAGAAGAACCUAAUUGUCCUUUCAGAUAGUGAAGUCAUCCAGCUAUCAGAUGGGUCAGAGGUCAUUACUUUGUCUGAUGAAGAUAGUAUAUAUAGAUGUAAAAGAAAGAAUAUUAGAGUUCAACCACAAGAAAAGACCUGGUGUCCUCCUGCCCUUAUUCAUUCUAACGAGUUGGCUGAGAAGAAAUGUAAGAGGGAUACUGAGAAGCCCAACCAUGAAGAGAGAUCAGAUAUGAUCCCAGAAGUCAUGAUCAUAGAAGUCAGUUCAAGUGAAGAGGAAGACAGCACCAUUUCAGAAAGCGAUAAUGUGGAAAGCUGGAUGCUACUGGGAUCUGAAGUAGAUGAUGAUAAAGAUGAUGAUAUCCUUCUCAACCUUGUGGGCUGUGAAAAUUCUGUUAACGAAGAAGAAGAUGGUGUAAACUGGUUCAUCAGUGACAAAGACGUUGAGGCCCAGAUAGGUAAUAGCAGAUCACCUGGAAGAUGGACCCAUCGAUACUAUUCAGCCAACAAAAAUGUUACCUGUAGAAACUGUGACAGAUGUGGCCAUUUGUCAAAAAACUGUCCCCUCCCACAAAAAGUCCGCCCCUGCUGCCUCUGCUCUGAGAGAGGACACCUCCAGUAUGCCUGUCCAGCCCGCUUUUGCUUAGACUGUUCUUUGCCCAUGUCUUCCACUCACAGAUGUCUUAAAAGAUCUUUCUGGAGAAAACGAUGUGCCCGAUGUGAUAUGAUAGGCCACUACGCUGAUGCUUGCCCAGAAAUCUGGAGGCAGUAUCACCUAACGACCACACCUGGACCACCUAAAAAGCCGAAGACCCCUUCCGGACAAUCAGCCUUAGUGUAUUGCUACAACUGUGCACAGAAGGGCCACUAUGGACACGAAUGUACAGAAAGACGAAUGUUUAACCAAACAUUUCCAACAUCUCCAUUCAUCUACUACUAUGAUGACAGAUACGAAAUUCGGGAGAGAGAACAGAGAAUAAAACGAAAAGUAAAAGAACUCCAGAAAAACGGGGAUUUUCCAAGACAGUUCAAGAGACCUCAUAUGGAAGCAACAGAUAAGAGGCCCCACCAUGAUAAGAGAAAGAGUCAUGGCUCCUGGAGAAACAACAGGUGGCCACAAGAAAAGAAAGAAGCCCAAAAAGAAAUGACAAGCAGGAAUGGUAGAGAUCGUAAGAAGCAAAGGAAGGCUGACAAGUAUCAUGAAGUAGGUGAGGACUUCCCCAGGGGCCCAAAGCUCCACCAGAAGCCUUACCAGCCUUUUCACCACUCAUCACAUUACCGCAGGCCAAGAGAAGAAAAGCUGCCCAAAGAGGGCAAGCAGGGCAAAUAUAAGAAAAAGGAGAGAGGCCUGGAAGAUGAUGACAGUGAUAAUUUAUUUCUUAUUAAGCAACGGAAAAAAAAAAUCUAAGCUGUGAAACAGCUUCCGAUUUGGCUUUCCAGUGUUCAUUUUGUCUUAAUAUCUGCAGUAUUCUGGUAAUAUUUUUAUUAUCUAUCAUUUUUUUUUUUAUUAUGAAGAGGGUUUUUUGGUUUUGUUUUUAAAAUCUCGGCCAUUUCUGAACAAAGACCGUGAAGGUCUCAAGUCUCUGUAUCCAGCAGGUUAUUAGGUAAGAAAACAGAAAGAUAAACUCAGAUUUCUCCUGUUCUAGUAUGUCAUUUUUACUCAGUAGGAAGAAUUCAUCUUUUCAAGAAAACUUUUUAAGAAAUAUUUUGGGGAAAAAAAAAAAGCUGAUCUAAUGAAAUUUAUCUGCAGUGUAAAUGUGAAAAUUAAACCCUUGAGGGAAGAGAACACUAAUACAAAAAAAUGCACCAGUCCUUUUUAAUUUUUUUUUUUUUUUUUAAACAUCGGGAAGCACCACAGCUUUAGUAAAUCUAAGUCCAGCUUUUCUUGCUUCUGAAGCUGGUGUCGGAAUCUUCCUUUGGUCAGGGAAUCACAGGCUGACUGAAAAUGAAGACAGUAUCUUCACUGAAGACCUGAGGAGGCAGGGAGUUGGAAUGUAGCAAAGUUGCAAGUAAGGAAUCCAUUCCAUAGAAAUGUCACAGGACAUAUGUCCUGAAACAAGUGAAAAAAGAGUCACCAAAAAUUUUACCAUAAUCACAGUACAAUUGUUUUUGCCAUUUUACAGCCACACUUCAAGAAGACUGCCACUCAGAAAUCUAGAGAUGAGUUGCCCGCUUUAAAAAAAAUCGUUUUCGUGGGCUUUUUAACUACCACAAAGCUGUACAGAAUUUUUUGUACUCGUGAAUCUUUUGUACAUAUCAAAGCUUAAUGUUAGAAUAAGAAAAAUAAAAUGUCUGAAAUAGAGUAAAUAAGUGUGUCUGUUAUGUGAAAAGAACAUAAGAGUUUGUAUGAUAUGACAAAAGGCAUAACGGGGCUAGAGAAGUGGCUACAGUUAUCCAGUCACCACAAAAGAGGGUAAAAAAAUGUCUUUGUUGCCCAAGCUCAAGCUCUCUGCCAGGAUAAAGUGAAAUGAAAUCAGUUGAAUAGGGCAAUUUUAUAACGUUGGGUUCUUAAAUUUGUAUUUUAGACAAACUGCUACAUAUCUGAGAGGAUCAGCUCUCUCACCUCUUUGGGAAGAAGGGGGAAUUAUUGCCUCUCAAAUCAGCUUCCUUGUAAACUGUAGGUUGACAGCAUCCACCACUUUCCCUUGCUGCUUAGCUUUUAGCUAGCUAAUCUGAUCUUGCGGGGCAGAAAUGAGAUUGCCAUUAUUUAGGUUCUUUCGUACAUUGAAGAAUAGAGGAGGCCAGGAGAAAGGGUACAUAUGUAUGCUGCGUGAUUCUAAAGCAGUGUUUUCAUUUUUUUUCCAUUUGUUUCUGCACAUUAUCUUUUUUCCUCAAAACUUUUUUUUUUAAUUAGGCAAGCGUUUUAUUCUGGGGUACGAUUCACCCUCCAGUCUAUGCUUUCGGACGCAGAUAGGAAAGGAGGCUGUAGCUCCUUUACUUGUAGACACCAGUAAGGGAAGGGAAGAAGACUAGAGAAGCCUCUGCACCAUAUUUUCUUCAUUUCCCUCGACCCCUUGGCUCUUACACAAAGUGUUCAGUUAAAGUCAGUCAGUUCAUCAGUUAGUUGGUGUAUUCACACACUCUUUCCAUACACAGUUAGGGGGAAUAAAAGAAGUAUAGACUCAACAGUUCAUCAAAUAAGACUUUAAAGGGAUAAAUUCAAUGAAGAAAAGCAGAUGUCCAAAAUAAUAACAAUCUGGAUAGUUGCUGGGACUAAGAAGACUCUCGACAUCUUUUGUCUCUGGCCCCACCUUGAUCAGAGCAGCCUGAGUCUUUCCUGGGUUCCACUUUGGUUCAUGCCACCAUUCCUAGAAUAGAGUGGGGAGAAACAGCUCUUCUGUUCUCUCAAUGGAAAUCCUUGCCUUCAUGGACGAUGCUAUUAACAACGCCUAUUAUUUCAGACUGAUGCCAUCAACAGUGCUAUUAUUAGCUCUUUUUUAUGUUAUAUAAGUAUUAUAUACUCAUUUUAGGAGAAAAAGGUUGAAAAGAAAAACAUAAAAAUCAUACAUGAUUCUUCCACCCAAAGAUACAUAAAACUCUUAGUGUCUGUCCUUCCAGACUUUUUUUCUGUACAUACAGUAUAGAAACAUAUUUUUACAUUCUGUUUUAUAACCUAUUUCAUCGUGAACCUCCUUCCAAUUAAAUAUAUGUCUAGGUCAUUAUAUUUAAUGGCUGCCUGAUAUUCUGUUAUACAGCUGCACCAUAAUUUAUUUAACCAAAUCCUCCUUGGUGAAUGUUUUGGUUGCUUCUAAUUUCAUCGUUUUAAAAAGUCCUUCUAUACAUAUCAUAUCUUCUCUAAUUAUUCAAUUGUGAUAAAUUUAUAGAAAUGGAAUUUAUGGGUCAAAGGGCAUGCAUAGUUUUCAUUCAAGUUUUGAUACAUAUUGUCAAAUUCUAUUCCCAAAAAGUCUCAUGUUCCCCCUAGUCGUUUUUACAUAUUCCUGGCAGAUUAUGAGAGUGUUCAUCUUCUGUCUCUCACAACAUGGGAUAUUACCAUUCCUUUCUCUUUUUGCCUAUAGGGUCUGUCCUAUAGUGUCGCUAUGAGUCAGAAUCGACUCAACAGGAGUAGGUUUUUCUGUUUGCUACUCUGAUGGGCAGCAGUAUUAUUUCACUACAGUGAAAAGAUUGAUGUAAGGUAUGUUUGGGUAAGGAGACAAGAUUAACAAUGUAUCAGUAAUCUGUUGAUAAAAGAUAGGGAGGGAGAAAAGCUUGUCACAGAAAACAACUGAAAAUGUUUCUGCCAAUGAAGGGUUACACACAAAAGAAGAGCCUUUCAUUCCUUCAUAGCCACCUUGAUCCCCUGAUCUGAUCAUUUUGGGUUUUCACAUCUUAGAGGGUACUGCUAGGGUCUGAUGAGUAGCCACUACACAUCCUACAAUGCACAGGACAGUCUCCCACAACAAAGAAUUAUCUGACCAAAAGUCAAUAGUUCUCAAGUUGAGAAACCUUCAUUGAAAUCCCCACCCAUUUCUCAAAAGAAAUCCUGCUCAAUAAGAGAGAAAUUCUUCCUGAAUUGAGGAGGCGGUGCUGGGAACCUGGAGAGGCCCAGGUGGCUAGAGUUCACAGGUCGGAGGGUUCAAGCUGCGCAGAAGGAGCCAGGAGAUCUGCAGAGGGCCCCCUUUGAGUCUUCAGCUGAGUACUGAGCACAGGAAACCACCUGAAAGGAUUAGAGGAAACUAUUUCUGGAACUCACACAAGGCCAAGAAUAGUUUUCUUAUCAGUCAGAGUGAAAAACUUCAUAAUUCAUGGUGCAUUGGCUACCCAGAAGCGUUCUGCCUCAGUAAUGGGGAAAAUUUAGACAAGGUCUAAACUCUUCUCUGCUUCAGAUGUCUGCUGAUAGAAUGAAGCAACAGGGCCCCAGUGCCGUUCUGUGCAUGACAUCACCCAAAUGGGGACAAAUAAAGCCUCAGCUAACUGGGCUGGGAAGUUGCACCUCCAAAUGGAAAGUUCUGAAGUGGCCCUUUCGGGAAGGUGGCUUCAAGGCUGGAGAGAGGAGGGAGUGAUUGUGGGGUCACCCUGGGGUUACACAGCUCUGCCAAGCCUCAGGCAGACAAAAGGAGAUUAAGUCUUUAAAUUAUCAAUAUAUGUGAUGUCAAGCAAAGAACAUAGAAGCCCACCAAUAUAAUACUGGGGUGAAAACCCUGAUAUUUCAGAAAACAACCACACCUGCAUUUUUAGAGAAGCUUAAUCUGAGAGGACUAGUCUUAUUUCUGAUCAAAAGUCACUGUUUUAGAGACCCAGGGGUUUUAGGGUUGUCAACUGUCAUACUCUAUCAGACAUGUUUCUUGCCUGUAGAGGGCUUCCAGUCUGAGGUGGGGGAGAGAAGCACUGAGAUGAUGACAGCCACUCAAGUUAGGAAGAGGCCUGGAUGCAGGACACUACACACAGAGAAGAAAGAGGCGCUGCUUCCAGCGUCAGUGGGGCAGGGAUAGUGGAAACCCAGGAAAACUUGGCGGAGGAGGUGGCCCUUGGAGCACAGGAAAGACUUUGACAUGCAGGAUAAGAAGAAAUGAAUUUCAGAUGAAAGAAGAGUAUGAGCCUGGACAUAGGAAAAUCUAGGUCACGCUUAAGAAGAGAGUCUAGUACAAUUUGCCUUGACUAUGGGUGACAUGCAGGGGAAUAGAGGACAAUACAUUGGAGUGAGAUCACUGAAGGCUCGGAACUUCAGGCUAACUUCUCUGUGUUUCAAUUUCCUCAUCUAUAAAUUGGAGAGAAUUCUCGAGACCACUGUGAAAAUUCAAUGAUCUAAUAUACAUGAACUACUUACAAAGCGUGUGACAGAAAUGCUUUAUAAAUAGUUCAUACAAAGAAGUGUAGGGGGACCCAUCAUAGCAUUUUGAGUGGGGAGAAGAAAAGUGCGUGCUUAGAGAUGGAUUUUAGAUUAAUAUAGCACUGUGCAAAUUAGCACUUCUGUUAAUAUUCUUAUAAGUUGCCUUUAUCUGCCUUUGUACAGAGAGGCAGUAGGUGGUCUUUAUCUCAAAUAUGGAAACUGAGGCAGAGAGUUGGCAAACUGAAGCAGAAUUUUCUUUUAACAUUGAGUUUCUGAUGAAAGUUUACACAUCAAAUUAGGCUCCCAUUUGACAAUUUCCAUACAGAUUAUGCAGUGACAUUAGUUACAUUUAUUGCAGUGUGACAGCAUUUUCUUUCAUUGUUUUUUGUUUGUUCCCUUUCCAGUACCCUGGUUUCCCUGCCCCAUUAUCUUCUCAUCCUUGCUUUUGAGUAAUUGUUGACCUUUUGGUCUCAUACUGAUAGUUAUUAAGUAGAGCACCAACCUUACAGGUAAUAGCGUUUAUUUUGUGUGCCACUGCUAUUUUGCUAGAAGGUGAUCUCGGGAUCUGAAGCAGAAUCUUGACAAAAUCCUAAUCCCUAGAACUCAGUACAAGGCCUCCCCUGGUAAAUUUUGUACCUUGGUUUAAAAAAAAAAAAAAGAACUAUUGCCGUGGAGUCAAUUCCAACUCAUGGCAACCCUAUGUGUGUCAGAGUAGAGCUAUACUCCAUAGGAUUUUCAAUGGCUGAUUUUUUUGGAAGUAGAUCUCCAGGACUUCCUUCCAGGGCACCUCUGGGUGGACUCUAACCACCAUCUUUUUGGUUAUCAGCUGACUGCAUUGACCCAUUGUACCACCUACAGACUCUGACAACCCUAGAUACUAAAAAAGUUGUUCACAAUUAACUUCACCCGUCAGUCUUCUUCCUCCUCUCCCUCCCCCUCCCCCACCCAAGUGAGGUGUGAGAAGCUGAGGGCGGAACACGGAACCUCCCUGAAACCAUCUGUGUGCCUUUCUCACCCUCCCUCGCCCAGCCCCCUCCCACCCAGCUUUCCUCGCCUGGGUGAUCUUUCUGGGAGGGGAGCCUGUCAAACUCCCCUCCACCUCAGCCUCCUUUCACACCUCAGCUUCAUCCCCCACGGCCACCCCUACUGGAGCCUCUAGGGGCCCGGGGGACCCACCAUCAUCCUGGACAAGUCAUGGGUCACCAGGCACCUCUCCUCUGUGCCUACACCCCAUUAAUCAUCUCUUCCUGGUGAUUUGCAUGGCAGCACUCCUACACUUGGCUGCUCAGUGGAGUUUCCUGGUGGUAUCACCUCAAUUAACCUUGGCCUCCUGGGUCACUCUGAAUUCCCCUGCCACCGUACCACAGACCAAGCUUGCUUGUCUGGGCUCCAGGGAGUCCUGUCCUUUUCAGGAGCUUUUCUUUUCCAUCAGCAAGCCAGGCUGUGCACACAACACCAUCUUGUAGAGGAUGGGGAAACCCGAGAAUGCAGAAUUUAUGAAGUUCUGGUGGAUGCCAGAGCCACAAAGGGCCUAAAAGAUUGUCUAGUCCAAUCUGGCCUCACCCUACUACACCCCCAUUUCACAGAUAGGAAACCUGAGACCGGAACCGAUGUUAUAGAUUGAAUUGUGUCCCCCAAAAUAUGUAUUGAAAUCUUAAGCCCUGUACCUGUGGAUAUGAUCUUGUUUGGUAAUAGGGUUUUCUUUUGUUGGGGUAAUAAAGCCAUAUCAGAGUAAGGUGGGUCCCAAACCUAAUCACUUCUGAGUUACAAAAAGAACAGAAUAGACACAGAUGCACAACAGGUGGAAGAGGAAGAUAGACAAUGGAGACAGUGCAUCUACAUACAAGCCCAGGAACACCAGCAUUCCUGGCAGCUGAAAUAAACAAGGAAGGACUUCCUCCUAGAGCCACACCCUGAAUUCAGACUUCUGGCCUCCUGAACUGUAGAAAAAUCAAUUCCUAUUCUUUAAAGCCACCCACUCAUGGUUGUUCUGUUACGGCAGCACUGGAUAGGUAGAACACCGAGGAGAGGGCUUGUCCAUGGUCACACAUCAAGUCAGAGGCAGAGCCAGGCCCAGGGUUGGGUGCCCACCUGAUUGGCCCCCUCUACCUCCUUUUGACGAACUUUGGCAACAGAAUUCAGUUUCUUUGCAAACUUCAAGCUGUGAGUGAGUGAACAUUUUGUUUAGUGUUUAAAUAUUGAGUUUCAACAGACUUGUCCUCUCCGGACACCCUCUGCUUAGCCAUGAGCUGGGCCGUGGCAUGGGCGAGAGGGGGCAGGCAGGAGAAGUCAGGCUUGUGGGACACAGAGACCUCCCUACUGGCUGGAGAAACCCGCGUUCUCAGCACAGUGAACUGAGCCCCCGCUCCAUGCUCCGAUGUGUUUCCCUGUCACUUUCUACCCUUCUGAAGUCACACCUCCCCACAGAAUCAUCGUGACCAGCCAGGGAGCAAAUGAACAUGAAAAUACAGGAAUCAGACCUGAGGAUGGGAGAAAAUGGGGAAGGGAAGUAGCAGAUCAAGGGAACAGGAGGAGACACCUGAAAAUCUCUGAGUUCCCAGACUGUCAAGGGACCAGUCCCCAGCACUUGCCAUCAAAUAUUGUCUUCAGGGUUCCCAGGACACAAAAAGUCACCAUUCUACAGUUUGGAGAACCUUCAGAGACUAUCAAGUCUAGAACCGUCUUGGAAACCGCAGCCCAGCGAGGACCUGAUAUCCCAUACUGGGUUAGGGGCAGAGCCAGGACUGGCACCCAGGCCCCCGACACCUAGCAGGGGGCUCUUUCCACAGGGUGGGGAAGGGGGCAGGGUUUGGAGGAGGCAUGAAGCAGGGGCAUCAAUGGCUGGGCUCUGAGCUUUUCUAGAGGCUGGUUAGGAGGCGGCAUAGAAACACCACAGAGAAAAGCUGGGAUUUCUCUGUGACAACAGAUUCUUAAGAUGCUGUGAGGAAAUCGUGUGGUUGUGAUGGCUAAAGAGGGGUGGUGAAAGUGAAAUUUGCAAUUUGUGAGAGGGGGAAACUGAAAAUGUGUUCUUCAUCCCAUGCAAAUUACCUGUGGCAUUUUAUCCCGCACCUGCAGCAGCUUACAACAUACACAAAACCCGGGGAUCAAGGCAGGGCUCCGUUCCCACACAGUCUCCCGGGCUUAACAGCUCCAAACGCAAUAGACCAGGAGCAGAGAAAGUGCCCCUGCGUCUCUGGGAGCGGCCUAAGAAUCCUGUGCUCAUACAGGCAUCUGCCCCACCAGGGGCCUGCUGCAGUGAGAACCGACCUGCUUCAUAACCCGGCCGGCCGACAUGGCCCCUUUAGAGACCACCCCCUGGAGACAGCACUCAGAGCCCACCCCAGUCAGCUCCCAUUUCCUGUCCUGCUCAUCUCCUGCCACUCCCCCUUGUGUUCUACCCACCAGACACCCGUGUCCACCCUAGAACAAGCCCUGCAUUUUCACUCCUGCGAGUUUCUCAUCCUGUGUUCUCUGCCAGAAAUGCACUCCUUCCCUUGCUUCCCCUAAUCCUGACAACCUAGCCAGAAAUUCCCACCAGGAGACCUUUGUGUCUGCAUCAGGCACAUCAGUGUGUCUCUCGGCUACGCCUCCCAACCUCCUGUACUUCCUCAUUCUAGCCCUUAGCUGCUGUUUUUAAAUCAUCUGUUUACAUUAUCAGUCUCACCCAGUAAGCUGAGAGCUCUUUGCGGGCAGGUGCUGUCUGCUUCAUCUUUGUAUUCCAAGCACUGAGCACUGUCUUGGCACCCACUGGAGCCCAGGGGUGGCAGACAUCAGGGACACGUGUGCUGCCACCCUGCACCUCACACAGACAUUGCUAAUCAAUCAUGAUUAUCUUUUUCUUAGAACCUCAGAAAGGCUUGGCUGCGCUGCCUGACAACCAAGAUUUGCUCUCUUGCUGAGACCCAGUUACUGUCCCAGACUGGAUGCUCCAUAAAUGUGUAACCCAGAUCUCAGCUGGGAUUACUGGCCCCUCAGAGAUUUGGCUCCAACCCCCAUCCUGUGCUCUGUGCUGGUCUAAAACCUCUCUGGAAUUUCUUUGAUAUGCUGGAGCUUACUUCCUCUGGUCCCCUCAUGCUGCCUGGGUCUCACUCCUGAAACAAACUAGGCAUGGAGUGACAGACCUUUCUCAGCCCACAGACACACACACACACAUAUGUACACGCAUGCAUAUCCAUAAACACACAUGUAUAUACUUGGCGCACCUUACACAUGCACACGCAUGUACACAUGUACACACAGACAUGCACAUACACGCACUUGCACAAGUACACCCCCAUUAAGCAUUUCAUGAGUUUUGGCAGCUUUGGUAAGGAGUCCUGAUAGCAUAUUGGUUAAGCGAAAGGUAGGUGGUUCAAAUCCACCAGCCACUCAUGAGGCUUUGGUGAUGGAGUGCAAGGUACAUGUGACUCUUCCAGGUCACAGGGGAAGAUGCCUGUGAUACCAGGCUCCCCUUCAAACCACGGCUUUCACAAGUGGCCAGGGCUCCAUUGGGCAGGAUAAAGUCAGAGCUGUAGCACCCAUGCCCUUGCUCCAUCUGGCCUCUGCCUAGCCUCUUCACUCCUCCCUUACUGCUCCUCUGCUCCUGAACCCUGCACCCAGCAAUAAUGCCACCCUGGGCUCUUUAUGGAAGCAGACUGUCCUUAUUUAGGAGAGUUUAAAAAAAAAAAAAAAAACAG